GUGCUUUUUGGCCCGUUUUGUGCAGACGGUUUCCGGGUGGUAACUGUUUUACAUCCAAAAAAUAAAAACACGCAAAAAUAUGUGCCACAUUCCCAUAAGAAAGAUGCUACGUAACACGCUGUAACCUUUUUAAUCAUUGUAACAUCAAUAAAAGAGUCUGAUCCUAAUUAAAAAAAGAGCAAUCACGUCGUCAUUUGCGCUGCCGUCUCAAUUACACAACAUCACCCCCAAUGUAUCUAUGGAGGCAACUUUGUUCAACCACAGUCAUCAAGCUCUGGUUUACACCAUCGAAAUGGAUACCUCGGAAAAUCAUUCAAUCAUCGGAGUUGACGUCACCAGAAACAUCUCCAGGCUGAAUUCACCAGUUUCCGUUACAAUAGCGGUACUCUUGGUGUUCCUUUUCUCACCGAUGAUACUAAUCGGAAAUUCAUUAGUGUUGGUCGCUAUGUAUCGUUUUAAAAGACUUAGAACUCCAAGUAAUUACCUCGUGAUGAGUUUAGCAACGUCCGAUUUAGGAAUCGGAAUGUUUAUGCCGGUCGGGAUGUAUUUAGAAUUAGGUGGAGCCGAAAAUUUCACAAGCCCUAAGGUGUGCCUGUUUAGUUACGGUGUUGCGACUACACUGUGCUGUGUUUCUGUGUUGGUGAUGGUCGCGAUUGCCGUUGAUCGAUUUACAUCUAUAGCAAGACCUUUAAGAUAUAACAAUUUAAUUACACAUUCGGCCAUCGAAAGAUAUAUCAUCGUCUUUUGGAUUUAUUCAUCAUUAGUUGGAUUUACACCACUUGGUUAUUCAAUGUUAUAUGAAAAUUUAGAUAGGUCGAACGACUGCUCCUUUAGCUCACUGGUGGCAAGACCCGUACAGCUGUUCAUGUUUUGUGCCGUAUACGGCCCUGGGGCAUUAAUCCUACUAAUUUGUUACGGGUACAUCUAUUUCGUCGCCAGGGGACACGCCCGAGCCAUCCUCGAGGUGAGACAUUCUGUGCAAAAUGGUCCCGCUGGUAUUUCGGGUCCUCCACGGUAUGGAUUAGCUUUAGCCAUCACCAGCGGAAUGUUUCUUGCUCUUUGGCUCCCAUUUCAAACUUGUAUGUUAAUGGAUGUCUUCAUCGGUACCAACAUCCUUUCGGAAUGGGUUACCGUUUACUUGGCUUUACCCAUUUUAGCAAGUAGUGCUUUUAAUCCUUGGGUUUACGGCUAUAGGAACGCAGAACUUCGUGCAGCCGUUAGACGAGUCGUUGAUGAUUUUUUAACAGCAUUAGGUUUCACUUAUAGAAGUCAUCAAACAUCAGAUCCGAUAGCUCCAAGUGGUGCUGCUACCGUUGGAGAUCAUGCUUCCUUCAUCCACCAUGUUCAAAGAGAUUACUUCAGCACAAAACCAGCGGGAGAUUUUCUUCUAGUUCCAAUGGCGCGACCGGAAAGUUCUGACGUUGAAUCAGAACCGGCAAAACUGUUUAAAGAUCCACCUAGGAUCAUCUUAAGCGGUGAUAGACCGAUCAUUUUGAAGGGUUCUCGGAGUAUGGUAGAUAGUUUGGCUAUUUCAAAAGGUUCGGAUAUUGUUGUUAUUAAGAAUGGUAGCUGUGGUAUGAUGCACGGUGCUAGUAUUGUAUGAGAUUUAUUUUAGUCGAUUUUUGUGUAAUAUUUUAGCGAAUUUAUUUAUUUGAAUAAAUCCUUAAAUAUAAUACAAAAGUUUUGUAGAUUAUGCAAAACAAACUACGUCGGACCAGAAAAGAAAGAGUAUAACAAUAAAAGAUCAUAAUGUAUUUUUUAUACCGCUGAAUAGUUUUAAAUUAUCAU